AUGGGCAGUCUUGGUCCUAUUGAAAAUACCAGUGAAGAUCCAAAUCUAAAAAUGAAAAACAUUCAUAGUUGCAGUAAUGUUGAUUAUUUAUUCGGCGUUAAAGACAUCUGGAAUUUCAUCUCUGAUGACACUUUUUUAGUUAGUGAUAGGAAUGGAGACAGUUAUUCCAUCUAUUUUGAUAUUGAAAAUCAGAUUUUUGAGGUUGACAACGAUCAUUCUUUUCUGAGUGAACUAGAAAGAUGCAGAAAGAUGGGGUUAAACAACAGCUCUUGGCUCUUAGAAGCCUCUGAGUUUCCAUCUGCAUUGGGAUUAUUCUGUUCUCUACAUGAUGAUUUCAAAUUUGCAGCUCAUAGAGCAUUUAAGUUCUCGUACCAGAUGCACAAUGAAGUAACAGUGAUUAAGAAUGUUGUUGUGCUGAAGCACGGCCUUGUUGCAGACGGUUGA